AUGCUGCAGUCUCUACCUGCUUCACCCUCCGCUCGCCUCUCGUCACUCACGGAGCCGCGGGCCAAUCAGAGCGCGCAGGGGGACGAGGCUCCUCCCCUGAAUCAGGACGAGUCUUUCUUCACUGGCAGCAUUUACCGAGCAAGAUGCGCUUCGAGGUGCCUGAGUCUGCACAUCACUCGCAUCUCUGCCUUCUUCAAGCAUUCCCAGAAUAAUGGAUCAUUGGUUUGGUGCCAGAAUCACAAGCAGUGCUCCAAGUGCCUGGAGCCCUGCAAAGAAUCCUGGGACCUAAAGGAAAACCAGUGCCAGGAUUUAUGCGAGCCGCUGUUUCCCAAGAAGCACUAUGAGUGUCUGACGAGCUGCGAGUUCCUGAAGUCGGUAGAGGGCGUGAAACAAGGUGACUGUCCCGCUCCGGAAAAGGCCAGUGGAUUCGCAGCGGCGUGUGUGGAGAGCUGUGACCAGGAUGCAGAGUGCUCCACUGUGAAAAAGUGCUGCUCCAACGGAUGUGGCCACACCUGCCAGGUCCCCAAGAACCUCUACAAAGGAGUUCCACUGAAGCCCAGAAAGGAGCUGGUGUUUUUGGAGCAGCAGUCGGGCCAGCUGGAGAUCCGCUGGUCCUCCAAGUUCAACAUCUCUGUGGAGCCAGUCCUGUACGUGGUGCAGCGGCGCUGGAACUAUGGCAUCCAUCCCAGUGAAGACGAUGCCACUGAGUGGGAGAAUGUGGCACAGACCGCAGAGGAGCGCAUCCAACUGGCUGAUGUCAGAGCCAGCAGAUGGUACCAGUUCAGAGUGGCUGCUGUCAACGUUCACGGCACUCGCGGCUUCACUGCACCCAGCAAACACUUCCGCUCCUCCCGAGAUCCCGCUGCGCCUCCAAAGCCCUCUGGACUGCGGGUCACAAACGUCACGGUGGGCGAGGAUGGUCAGGUAACGGCACGUCUCAAUUGGACCGUCACGGAGGAGCCCGAUAUCCCCAUACAUCACUACAAGGUCUUCUGGAGCUGGACUGUGCCCUCCAAGUCCAUGGUGCCGUCCAAGAAGAAGAGGAGAAAGACCACAGCUGGGGCUCAGAACUGGGUGGAUCUGGAGGGACUGCAGGCCAACAGCAGCUACACGGUGGAGGUACAGGCCGUGACCUACUGGGGACAAGUGCGUCUGAAGAGUUCCAAGGCCUCGCUGCAGUUUGGCUCCACACAGAGCCCUGUGUCAGGAAAAACCGUGUCCAAACAAAGAAAAGAUGAGCUCUCUCCCAUUGCUUCGACUAUGACCAAACGCCCCUCUGGCCCUCUGGAGGUGGGCACGCCCUUCUACCAGGAUGGCCAGCUGCAGGUCCGUGUCUACUGGAAGAAACGAGGAGAUCCAGAGGUGAGCCGCUACCACGUCCAGUGGAUGCCCGAGUACUGUAGCCACAAUGAGACGCGGGCUCCAGAGAAAUCGGUUACACAGGAAAACUACAUCAACCUCCCGGGCCUGCUGUUCUCCUGCAAAUACAAAGUCACCGUGCACGCCCUCAAAUCCAAGCGGCGCUCCAAGGACGAGAGCACCACCUUCCUCACCCCAUCCUGCGCCACCAUCCGGGGCAAGACACACAAGUACAUCCCCUGUCCCGGAGAAGGAGCUCUCCCCAAGGUAUUGGCUAAACCCGAGAACCUCACAGCGUCCUUCUCCAUGAACGAAGGGAACAUCACGGGGAGCUUCGUGUGGCGCGUGUCCAGGCUGGCUCCCAGUCAGAGGAUAACGGGAUUCCAGGUGACGUGGGCUGAGAUGACCAGUGAGAGCAGGCAGAACAGCCUGCCCAACAGCAUCAUCUCACAGUCUCAAAUCCUGCCACCGGACCACAACUCUCUAGUGGUGUCCAACUUGCGGCCAUUAUCCUACUACAGGCUGGAGGUGCAGGUCAUAACCACAGGAGGGGAGGGGCCUGCCACUGUCAAGACUUUCCAAACCCCCAACAUUUUACCUGUAGUUCAACACAGGCCACGACUUCGACAGCAUCACCACCAGAAAGCUACUGUAGAGAGACAUUGA